AUGGAUUCUUCCAGAGAAGCUCACCAGCUCGAUGAUCUGGGGCCUUUAGGACAACAGUUAUGGAGGCCGGAUCUUUCUCAACAUUUCCUACAGCCCGGCACCGUACCUAGCACCAAUCCUCCCGAAUUUGCUUAUGGGAUACCACUUCAAGAACCACAUACAGGGUUAAAUAAUCUGGCUUCUGCCGCUGCCAUUUCCGAUUCAUAUAAUAUGCCACAAUCCCAGGCAUCGCCGCCGAGUCAAAGUGGACCGUCUGCCUUCAUAACUAACGAAAAACUUCCGACUGGGACCUCGACGGCGACAGCGCAGCAAAGAGAGCAACUCAAAGCUAGGCGCCGUGUUCCAAAUUCUCAGCGGAAGAGGACCCAGGUUAGUUGUGACGCCUGCAAAACUCGAAGAUGUAAGUGUGUGCGUCUGCAAUCGACUCCGAGAGCCGGUAACGAUGCGACGACACAUGAUUACCUGCCUCCUUGUAAGUUGUGUGUCGAGACUGGGAUUCCCUGCGUGACUUCGAUGCCGCGAAAACAGCGAGUUUAUGGCAGUGUUGAAAAUUUGGAUAAACGAUAUCGUGCUCUUGAGGCCCUCGUUUCCGGCCUGUUUCCAGACUUGAACCCUAGAGCCUCCGCAGAUGAGUUGGUUGCAUUUGGGCAAGAUAGGGCCAUAGCUAUGCCGGACUUCAGCGAAUCGUCUGACCAGCCUCGACUUUCGUCAGUCGAACCUCUUACACAGCCAGAUACUACUAAACCCUCUAACCAGGCCAGCCAACAAUGGAAAAGGCCUGAUUCGAAUUUGAUCAUAGCUGGAACUGAUGGGUAUAAGACGAUACUGCCUCCGUCUUACCUUAUGAGAUCCACGCCUGCGAGCUCGAGUGCACAACCCUCGCCAGAAUCGGCUACAGACAGCGUGGUGGAGCACAAUGCUGAAAAAACCGAGUUGAUACUGGAUGCUACUGGCCGACCUCACUAUAUAGGGCCAUGUGGAAGCCUAGCUUUUUUUGCGGAAAUGCGCGAGAUAUUUGCACGCCAGACCAAUAUCACGAAGGGCCUACGAGAGACCGAUGCGAGUUGUAAUUUUCCAGUGAGCCCGAGAGGAGCCCUUUUCAAUACCAACCCACUUGCUGCUUCGUUGGGCGGAACUGGUGACCGUGGUCGAGCUAGUGGUUCGCCCUCGGGGCGACCCGGCUCUGGUUCGCCGCAUCAUCGCGUUCUAGAUCAUCUCGAUGGAGACUCUCCGCCUCGGAUAUGCGAAGAUAUGCUUAGAGAUCAUUUCGAUGACCCUGAGUUUUGGAGGUAUCGCAAAAGGGUAUCCACGAUUCAAUUACCACCUAGGGAACGUACGGAUAUCUGUGUUAGAGCGUUCUUUCAUCAUGUUCACCCAAACUUCAUCCUAUUCCAUCGGCUUACAUUCCAGAGGGCGUAUGAGAAGAUGUGGCGUUGUUGGGAGGCACAUAGAAAUUCAACCCAAACUGACCGUAUUAAGGAGUUCUCCGUCUCGGUAGGAUGGCUCUGCUGUUUGUACAUGAUAAUCAUACUGGGUUCCCGGGCGCUACCACAGAACGGCGACUCGCUCGAAUUCCAACGAAAAUGGUUCGCACAAGUCGACAAGCUCCCGCCUCUCCUCGGUACCUCUAGUCUGCCAAAUGUGUGCGCAUAUAUGCUUCUCUCCUUGUAUUUUCAUAAUACCAAUGAUCGGACCAGCGCAUGGACGUUUCAAGGUGCUGCCUGUCGAUUAGCGAUAGCGCUUGGUAUGCAUCGUGAGAGCUUCUCGGACCUCUUCGAGCCGGUUGAAAGGCAGCUUCGAAAGCGUGUAUGGUGGACUUUGUACGGGUAUGAGCAGUUUUUGUGCUGCUCGUUGGGACGACCUAGCGCGAUCGACGAUAGGGAGAUGGACGUCGGGAUCCCAGAUGAAGAGUAUCUAGACACAAACCUCUUGCCAUCGCAUUACGUAGGGCACGGGGCUCAGUUGAAUAUGCUUCUCGCGGCCAUUCGGCGCGGAAUCUUCGACCCCAGCUUUGUCCCAAGCAAGAUGUACACACGAGCCUUGGAGUUCUUGGAUACUCUAGCGGGAUGGGAGGAUGCUCUUCCCAAAGGACUAAGACCUGCAGCAUUUACUACAAGCUUGGACGGUAAUUCCAACCAGCGACGAAGUUCUAUGCUACUUCAUGUUCAAUACCACCACGCGUUGACUUUUCUAACGCGACCAUUCCUUCUCGAAACUAUCCAAUCCGCAUGUGGCGGGGAGCCCCUUGGACCCGACGCCUGUAAAAUUAGGGGGUUGAGCAAUGUCUGCUUGACUGCCGCUAUGAGAUGCGGCGAUCUCAUUGUCAAUAUAUGGCGUGCUGGCCGCAUUAACGGAGUUACAUGGAUAGAUAUAUUCUAUACGUAUAUGGCUAGUUUGGACAUUUCGCUCGCCUUACUCUCUCCCGAUUCGCUAUACCAAGAUGAAGGGCACCCGGAGAUCAGUAAACCAAGACUUAUACAACGCCAUACUGUCGGAGAGAUGAGGAACGCAGUGGCACAGUUAUGCGACGUGAUGACAACUAUAGAGGUUUGUGGGACGAAUGCUCGGUUCGCUAAGGCGGCGUUCGAGUUUGCGAGCGCCCUCGGAAUCAUCCCCGUCGAGAAAGCGUUCUCUUUACAUCUACAGGUCUCCGAUCCAAAGACAAUGACCAUGGCCCAGGAUCCAAACGAGAGGGAUCAUGUCCAGGAUCAAGUAUUUCCUGGAGAUCCUCAACAAGCAAUGGGGGUUAUCGGACUCGGCCAGCAUAUGACUGGACUGCCCAACUACCCCUACAUAUUACCGGAUGUGAAUCUCAACUUUACAGGCGAAGGUUUCCACGAUGCUCCGACCGAUGCGAUGGGGAAUGAUUUGCAGUGGGAUAUGAUUUUACCACCUUCACAAUGGAAUGGCGGUGCUCUAAACAUGGAUUUGGAUUGGGUCUGGCAAUGUCCGAAUCAGCGUUGGCAUGGCAGUCAAGCUGACUAG